CCUCUGAAUAAAAAUGAGUCCUUUCAGCUGCUUCUUUCAUGGGCAUUUUCAUUUGCUUCUUCUUUUCUACCUUUCUUCUGCAGCAGCACUGUUUGAGCUCCCAGCUUUUUACUUUAUCCAUUGGGGGUUUCAAAUGUUAUGGAGAGUUGAAACCUGGAAUAUAACUAGUCCUCCAAUAUAGUUUUGAUUUGGUUUACCCUUUUAAAAUUUGUCUAACCUUAGUGUCAAACUGAUAUGAUUUUUGGAUGUCCCUGUUGAAAAAGUUGAGAUUUUUUUUAUGCUAUUAAUGGCUGGCAGCAGGUCAGGGAUUAUGAAUUUUCUCUCUAUAAAACAAAGUGGGAUCUGUUUUUCUUUUCUUUUCUUUUUUUGGGUAAACAUUAAGUUUUGGGGAAUCUGUUACAUUUUGACAUGGUUGUUAUGCCAGUUUCUUUCAUUUGGUUUCCCUAGUGCUCGUUUAGUACAUGUACUUUAUUUUUCUAUAUCUAUAGGUAUGUCUUGUAUAGCAUGUUUAUGCCUGAAUUUGGUGUAAUAAAAUGAUAUUUCUCAACAUGAAAUUUUUAUUCUAGCAAAGGAGUAAUGUAUUUCUUGGAGUAGUAAUGGAAAUUUCGAUUCUAACAACAUAGAAAUUUUAUUUGUGGUAGGUUUCUUCAUUAUUUCAUAGCUUCUGGGACUUCUAUUCAGUUGUACUAAUGGAAUCUUGGAGUUACGUCCCUGAAGAGAAAGGGUGUUUGUUUUCUGAUGAAAUGGAUUUUUCACUGGAUGCUUUUAUGAGAAGUAGAAAAGCAUUGGUUGAAUGGGACAACAAAUCUUCCUGUAACUUUGAGAGAGAUGGAUUUAAUUCAGACAGAGAGGGAGUUAAUAGCAUGGAAUUUGUGGAGUUGGGGUUUCCUGACUUGUUCCAAAAGUCUUUUCAUGGUAGCCAGCCUCUAGAGACAUCCAGCUGUGACCUAGAUAGUAAUUCUAGUAAAAGAGGGAAUUCCUCCACCCAUGUUAUUGCUCUGGAUUCAUCUUUAGGUGAAGAAGAAUUGGAGUCAAAGCAUUUAAGUUCUCUAGUUGAAUCCAAAAGUUAUGAUUCUUCACUGAUUGAUCUGAAGCUAGGGAGGUUUGCAGAUUGUAAAGGUGCAAGCAGUGAUCAAAUUUCAAAAGAAGGGUUCACUUUAACAUCUAUACAUCCAACCACGCUUGCAAAGAGAGCUCGCACUUCCAGCUUACCUGCUCAGGCUCCUGUAUGUCAAGUUUAUGGUUGUAACAUGGAUCUUAGCUCCUCAAAAGAUUACCAUAAAAGGCAUAAAGUUUGUGAUGUUCACUCCAAGACAGCUAAAGUUAUUGUUAAUGGCAUUGAACAGAGGUUUUGUCAGCAGUGCAGCAGGCGUCUAGCAGGUCACAAUGAACGCCGAAGGAAACCUCAGUUUGAUUACAUGACUGGUAAACAACACAAGAUUCUUCAGUCAUAUCAAGGUACCAAGUAUAUGGGGUCUUCAUUACAGAACAGACCCCACUUUGCCUUUCAAGACAUAUUUCAAAGUGGCAUCCUUUUCCAAGGAAAGCAUGAUCAAAUCUUUGAGAGUGGAUAUAUCAAAUUGGAAGAUGAAUCAAAUUACAAUCCUCCGCUAGCAGCACCCAUCACACUUGGUCAGGAGUUAUCAAACCGUGCUCUCUCUCUUCUGUCAUCUCAGUCACAGAAUCCAUCAUGCCACUCUGCAGGAAAUCCAUUAGCUAGUUCCCUUAUUUUUCAGGGCAUCUGCAUGCAUGACAGAGAUGACCAAGUUUCUGAAACACCUUUGAGGUUAAGCUCUGUGGAUAAAUAUGUACCAAAAGAGCCCUUUCCAUGUGGUACAAACUCUAAGGAAGUUGUCAAGAAUGGAUCCACAAUACAUUCUGGUGCUGGUCAUACUUUUCAAGUCCACAAAGAUGAUAUUUGCCAACCAUCAGGCUUAUUCAAUGUCAAAUAUCGUCUUUCCUCUGAACAUGGUGCCACUGUUGAUCUGUUCCAGUUGUCUUCACAUCUUCAGAGGGUGGAGCAGCAAAGAAAUUCAGUUUUGGUAAAGUUGGAAAAUGAGGAUUGCUGUUUCCCAACCCUGUAAAAGUUGUUUAAGACUAAAGUGUCAUUAACCUAUGCAAUUUGUUGAUACCUAUAUUGUCAUGCUAUAAUAGUGGGAUUAUUUUCUCAGUGAAUUGAUUCAUUUAUGGCCUAGUAUGGGUUCAAUGAUAGGUUGGGGAGUGAGGGGUAUCUUAACUAAUCAUGGUACUGGGGUUGGGAUUAAGGUUAAGAAAUUCCAACUGUAUAGCACAGAUAACACUGGAAUAUUAAAAAAUAAAAAAUAAAAUGAGACAU